AUGUUAGGAUCUUGGGUCGAGAUAGGUGAUAUUUUAGUAGAUAAAUUAACGCCUCAAAUCGCGAAAGAAUCAUCGUAUGCCCCGGAAGAUAGAUUAUUACGAGCUAUAUAUCCUGUGAAUUCAGGUAUCUACUUCAAAGAAAACCUGUCUAAAACUACCUAUAGGUGGUAUGGGUCGAAUGAUUGA